AAUAGUUCUUCCCUUUAGGAAAUUUCUAGAAAUCUACUGAAAUUUUGUCUUACUGGGAAAAAUAGGAAAAUGCAAACGGCUACUGAAAAUAAUGUCAAGGAAGUGGGUUUGUAGGUAAAAUAUUAGAGAACUGAAAUGCUGAGUCCUUCUGUUUCCAUCUCCACUUGAAGAACAGUAGGUGGAGCUAUUUAAGGUACACAACCAAAAAAAUCCUCUCCCAGAGUUCAACACUGUGCAGUAAUUGGUUCAGACUCUGAGUGCCGCUGUUCACCAACCUGGGAGGAAAAGACCGCGAAGCCCUGCUAGCUGGCUUUGUGUGCUUGCCUAAAGCACAAUGCAGAUAGAUUGAGACAAAACACCUCUCGAGGAAACUGGCCUGAGGAGCUGGUUCCACCUCCUGACUGUCGGGUUCCAGGGCCUGAAAAGCGGAGUCUGGUUUAAGUGGCCAAAGGCAGGACUGGAAAUACUCCUCAAAUGACAAUGAUCCCUGCGGAAUGGCGCCAGGACUGCAAAGUGCUGGUCUUGCUGGGAAUCCUCCUCGGGAUCCUGUGGGAGGCUGGAUCCACCCAGAUACGCUAUUCAGUUCCGGAGGAACUGGAGAAAGGAUCUAGGGUAGGCAACAUCUCCAAGGACCUGGGGCUGGAGCCCCGCGAGCUGGCGGAGCGCGGGGUCCGCAUCGUCUCCAGAGGUAGGUCUCAACUUUUCGCUCUGAACCCGCGGAGCGGCAGCUUGGUCACCGCGGGCAGGAUAGACCGGGAGGAGCUGUGUAUGGGGACCAUCAAGUGUCAAUUAAAUCUAGAGAUUCUGAUGGAAGAUAUAGGGAAAAUAUACGGAGUGGAAGUAGAAGUGAGGGACAUUAACGACAAUGCUCCCUACUUCCGUGAAAGUGAAUUGGAGAUAAAAAUGAGUGAAAACGCCGCCGCUGGGAUGCGGUUCCCUCUUCCCCACGCUUGGGAUCCAGAUAUCGGGAAGAACUCUCUUCAGAGCUACCAGCUCAGCCCCAAUGCUCACUUCUCGCUGGAGGUGCAGAACGGAGCUGAUGGUAACAAGUACCCGGAAUUGGUGCUGGAGCGCGCGCUGGACCGCGAGGAAAAGGCCGAGCAUCUCCUGGUUCUCACCGCUUCCGACGCGGGGGACCCGGUCCGCACUGGCACGGCGCGCAUCCGAGUGACAGUCCUAGACGCGAACGACAACGCACCAGCGUUUGCUCGGUCCGAGUACCGCGUGAGUGUUCUGGAGAACGUGGCUGUGGGCUCUCAGCUGCUGCUAGUCAAUGCCACCGACCCGGACGAAGGAGCCAAUGCGGAAGUGAUGUAUUCCUUCCGGUAUGUGGACGACAAGGCAGCUAAAGUUUUCAAGCUAGACAGUAAUUUGGGGACAAUAUCAACGACAGGGGAGCUGAACCACGAAGAAUCGGGUUUCUACGAGAUGGAAGUGCAAGCAACCGAUAACGCGGGAUACUCUGCACGGGCCAAAGUCCUGGUCACAGUAUUGGACGUGAACGACAAUGCCCCUGAAGUAGCCAUCACGUCCCUCACCAGCUCCGUUCCGGAAAACUCUCCCCGAGGGACAUUAAUAGCCCUUUUAAAUGUAAAUGACCAAGACUCCGGGGAAAAUGGACAGGUAAUCUGUUCCAUCCAAGAGAACCUGCCCUUUAAAUUAGAGAAAUCCUACGGAAACUACUAUAGUUUAGUCACAGACACCGUCCUAGACCGAGAACAGGUUCCUAGCUACAACAUCACAGUGACGGCCACUGACAGGGGAAGUCCGCCCCUGUCAACCGAAACUCACCUCUCCCUGAACGUAGCAGACACUAACGACAACCCGCCCGUUUUCCCUCAGGCCUCCUACUGGGCCUACAUCCCGGAGAACAAUCCCAGAGGGGCCUCCAUCGCGUCCGUGACCGCCCACGACCCCGACAGUGACAAGAAUGCCCAAGUCACUUACUCCCUAGCUGAGGACAGCCACCAGGGCGUGCCCCUCUCCUCUUACGUCUCCAUCAACUCGGACACUGGUGUCCUGUACGCACUGCACUCCUUUGACUAUGAGCAGUUCCGAGACCUACGCCUGCAAGUGCUGGCGCGGGACAGCGGGGACCCCCCGCUCAGCAGCAACGUGUCACUGAACCUGUUCGUGCUGGAUCAGAAUGACAAUGCCCCCGAAAUCUUGUACCCCGCUCUCCCUACGGACGGUUCUACCGGGGUGGAGCUAGCGCCCCGCUCAGCAGAGCCUGGCUAUCUGGUGACCAAGGUGGUGGCGGUGGACAGAGACUCAGGACAGAACGCCUGGCUGUCCUACCGUCUGAUCAAGGCCAGCGAGCCAGGGCUCUUCUUGGUGGGGCUGCACACCGGCGAGGUAAGCACGGCCCGGGCCCUGCUGGACAGAGAUGCCCUCAAGCAGAGCCUCGUAGUGGCUGUGCAGGACCACGGCCAGCCUCCUCUCUCCGCCACUGUCACGCUCACGGUGGCGAUCGCCGACAGCAUCCCCGACGUCCUGGCGGAUCUGGACAAUCUAGAGUCUCCUUCUACCUCCGAAAGCUCAGGGCUCACUCUCUAUCUGGUGGUGGCGGUGGCGGCGGUCUCCAGCGUCUUCCUGGUCUUUGUUCUGGUGCUGCUGGGGCUCAGGCUGCGGCGCUGGCACUCACUGCGCCUGCUCGGGGCUGCGGGACCCGGAUUGGCUGACGUUCCAGCCUCUCACUUUGUGGGUGUAGACGGAGUGCAAGCUUUCCUGCAGACCUAUUCACACGAGGUCUCGCUCACUGCGGGCUCCCGAAAGAGUCACUUGAUCUUUCCGCAGCCCAACUAUGCAGACACGCUCAUCAGCCAGGAGAGCUGCGAGAAAAGCGAGCCUCUUUUGCUUUCGGGUGAUUCAGUAUUUUCUAAAGAUAAUCAUGCAUUAAUUCAGGUGAGUCCAUUCCGCGCUUGGAGCGAACUAUCUUCCUAGUUCAUGGUAUUUGGAAUUGAUAAAGCAGCCACUACCAACAACUUAAUCACCUUGUUUGGUUUAAACGAUACAUAAACGUGAUAUUGUCACGUUUGCAUGAUAUAGAAACAAUUUCUACUUUAUAUUAUCUGUACCCUAUAAUUUGGUAGCUUAGUUCACCAACGAUAAUGUCUUUCCACUUUUAAUUCCUUUUCUUUUUGUCCAUGAAGCAGCUUUGUGUCAAUUAUCUCAUGCCGGUUUAUCUGUAAAGACUACAGAAGUUGUGGGUAUAACUCCGAACUCAUAGGUAGAGCACUUGCCUAGCAUGUGUGGAGAAGAGGCCCUGGGUUCAAUCCCCAGGGAAGGCCGAGGGAACACUAAUUCUACUGGAGUGAAGAAAUGGACUUUGAUGGAAAGUACAGUUGUUGUUGUUGUUGUUUAGCCUCCCUUUCUGGGGAUUGAACCAAGAUCUGAGCUAAACACUUUACCCCUGGGCUACAUCCCCAGCCCAAAUAGGGUGGCCUUUAAUUGCAUUUGAGUCUGCUAGUAAAUUCAUAUACUGCAUUUAAAGUCUUUUAAAUAAUGUUAUUUCUGGUCACUAGGGAUAUAUACAUAUAUUUCUUGUAAAAGUUACUUGUACAUGUGUGUCUGUGUCUGUGUGAGUGUAUGGACACACACAGAAGCUGGAUGUUCUCUAUCACUUUCUGCAUACACAUUUGAGGCUUGCAAGGGCUUUCCCGGAACCCAGGGCUCACGUUUUCUUGCUAGGCUGGAAGCCAGCAAUCCUCAGAAGUCCUCCUGUCUCUAACCUCCAUGGAGAGGGUUAUAGUCCUUUGUGGGACCCCCAGACUCCCAGUUCUCAUGAUUGCUCAGCAGGCGCUGUAAACGCCUAUGCUUCUCUCCAGCUCUGCCCUUAUACUUUCCUGGUGUAGCUUCAGGCUUUUAAAUUGUUUGACUUCAAGUAUGGUAAAUUUUAUUUCUUACACACUAGACAUUUUUCUCAAACAUACGAUUUAUGUGUUAUGACGAGGAAUAACUGUAAUGGUAUUUCAUCUGUUACACAUUUCAGGAGUACAAUAUGUAUAUAAUGAUAAAGUUAAAUAUCUCUCCCAUCAUUUUUACCUGCACCAAUGACAUGUAAAAUACCCAGAAUUCACCGAUGUAACAGGAGCAUGAGUUAUUUUUGCCUUUACACAGUGAAGAAUUUCUUGAGGAAAUACCUUUACAAUUUAAAUGUUUUGAACAUAUUUUUGUUCUGAAGAAACUUUUCUUUCUUUCUUUCUUUUUUUCCUUUAUGAGACAGGGUUUCUCUGUUUAACAGUCCUAGCUGGAACUCUCACUUUGUAGAUCUCACUUUGAACUCACAGAGAUCCCCCUGCCUCUGCCUCCUGAGUGCUGGAGUUAAAGGCUUGUGCCACCACUGCCCUGCCUGAAGAAACGUUUCAGUAGUAUAUUCUUCCUAAAUUUCCCCUUUCACAAACAGAAAUUUUUCUGGAAAGUGUAGGUCUUAAGUAUUAAUUUAGAACUUGUUUUUUUUUUAUUUAUGUGUUGCCUGUCUAUUAAAAACAGAAUCAUUGGAAUCCAAAUUUAUAAAAGAGAUCAGUGAUACUUAGAGAAGGAAGGGUAGGCCAAUGGUCCCCAAAUAAAACAAAAUUCAAAUGUCACCUUAUGUGUCUUCACAACCAAGACCAAAAAAACAUAGAUAGAUAGAUAGAUAGAUAGAUAGAUAGAUAGAUAGAUAGAUUAUGUGGUUCUACUUGUGUGAUUUUUUUAAUGAUGUAUUUGAGUCCGUAUAAAGCAUUAAAUUUAACCAGGCAGUGGUGGCGCAUUCCUUUAAUCUCAGCACUUGGGAGGCAGAGCCAAGCGGAUUUCUGUGA